GUAAGAGGCGGAAGCGCCUUCCGCGCCGCCGCUCCGUCUAGCCCCCCGGAGCCGCGCGCGUCGGGUUCCGGACUGUCCCGUGUGACGUGGCUGCACGCCGGGGGUGGCUCCGGGCUGGGGGCCUAGUGGUGGGGCCGGGCGAGGCAGAGCCGGGGCGGGGCGCGACACUGCAGCUGGAUGGCCGGGCCCGCCCGGAGCGCUGCAUCUGCUGCCGCUGCCACCUCUGCCACUGCGCGCUCCCGGCAUGCCUGGAUGUCCCUGCCCUGGCUGUGGUAUGGCAGGCCAAAGGCUCCUCUUCCUCACUGUCCUUGCCCUGGAGCUCCUGGAAAGGGCUGGAGGUUCCCAGCCAGCCCUCCGGAGCCUGGGGGCUGCAGCUGCCUGUCGCCUGGAUAAUAAAGAAAGCGAGUCCUGGGGGGCUUUGCUGAGUGGGGAGCGACUGGACACCUGGAUCUGCUCCCUCUUGGGCUCUCUCAUGGUUGGGCUCAGUGGGGUAUUCCCCUUGCUGGUCAUUCCCCUGGAGAUGGGGACCCUGUUACAGUCAGAAGCUGGAGCCUGGCGACUGAGGCAGCUGCUCAGCUUUGCCUUAGGUGGACUCUUGGGCAACGUGUUUCUGCACCUGCUGCCGGAGGCGUGGGCCUACACCUGUAACAUCACCCCCGCCACUGGCUUGGCAUGGCCUGUUAGUGCUCCCCCUGCAGGUGGUGAAGGGCAGAGUCUGCAGCGACAGCAACAACUGGGGCUGUGGGUCAUCGCUGGCUUCCUGACCUUCCUGGCGUUGGAGAAGAUGUUCCUCAACAGCAAGGAGGACCCCAGCCAGGCCCCCAGCAAAGACCCCACUGCUGCCGCGCUCAAUGGAGGCCACUGUCUGGCCCAGCCGGCUGCAGAGCCCGGCCUGAGAGCCGUGGUCCGGAACCUCAAAGUCAGUGGCUAUCUCAACCUGCUUGCCAACACCAUAGACAACUUCACUCAUGGGCUGGCUGUGGCUGCCAGCUUCCUUGUGAGCAAAAAGAUUGGGCUUCUAACCACCAUGGCCAUCCUCCUGCAUGAGAUCCCCCAUGAGGUGGGUGACUUUGCUAUCCUGCUCCGGGCUGGCUUUGACCGAUGGACGGCAGCCAAGCUACAGUUUUCUACAGCCCUGGGAGGCCUUCUGGGGGCCUGCUUUGCCAUCUGUACACAAUCCCCCAAAGGAGUAGAGGAGACAGUGGUCUGGAUCCUGCCCUUCACCUCGGGAGGCUUUCUCUAUAUCGCCUUGGUGAAUGUGUUACCCGACCUCUUGGAAGAAGACGACCCGUGGCAUUCCCUGCAACAGGUGCUGCUGCUCUGCUCCGGUGUCGUGGUGAUGGUGCUGCUUUCAUUGUUUGUUGAAUAACCACUGCUCACAGCCCACUCUGCACAGCGAGUAAUGAGACUCCAGUCUGUUCUGUGACCAUGUGUGAGAGGCAGAGGGUGAAUGCUAGAGCCAGCCUCUCACUGCACAGAGGGUGUGUGGUGUGCACACGCAGCCAGAGUGGGAGAGAGACCGACACUGUGACCCCUGGGUGCAGAGCCCAGAGCCCAACGUAGCACCUGCCAGGACACCCCACUGUCACCUAGCAGCAAGGAAUGACAGCACCGGUGCCAGCACAGGCCUCACUUCUCACUGACAAAGAAACCAGCCCAAGGAGCCCAGGGCUACAGCCCAAAGAGAGGGCCAUAGCCCAAAGUUGUUCCUCCUUGGGGCUCUAGCCCAAGAGAGAAAAAAAGAAAAAUCAAACCCUCUGCUUACACAUCUAGGCCCCAAGCACUGUAGAGGCAGAGGGAACACAGCUUUUCCCUGCUGUCCAUUUUCCUUACCCUUCCUACUUACCCCCCUCUACAGCCAAAGAAAUGGGAGGUGGGUGCUGUGUAGUCCCAGCUCCCACUCAGCACUGAUGUCCUACCCCUCCCCAACGCUGAGCAGGCAGCUGCUCCAAGACCUCUCUCUAGGGGCAGCCAGCCUGGCGAGCAUGUUUCCCCAACAAAUAUUCCCUGGCCACACAGGCAGCUCUCACCACCUCCAGCUGCCAAACAGCAGCCUGCAAGUCAGCAAGUAGUCCAGGCUAGCCGUCUCCCAGCACAGCUCCCCGGGAUGCUCCUGCCAGCACAGGGUCCAGCAGGCACGCAUGCCCCAGGCAGAGACAGUGAGCCUUGCUGCCCUCUCCAGCUCAGGGGCCCUUGUCCUUUGGGUUAAGAGUAAGAUGGGGGUGGUGAGGGCUCCACAUUGUCAGUGCUCAGGAAUGUGAACUGGAAGAAUGCUGAAGCCAUAAUCCCCAACUAUUUCCCUUGGCCGACACCCAGGUACUCAGCUGGCCCAAUCUACAGCCAGACUCCAGCCCUGCUGCUCAACUGUGGAUGUUAGAGAUGUGGCCACUGAAGAGUCUGAAUGACCACAGCAGUUAUGCUGUGGCUCAUCUUUAUCUGUAAAUACUUGUUCUGUAGAUAUAAAUAAAUAUUACUUAGACCGGC